GUAAACACUCAGACAGAGCCAUGUCUGACAGCCUUGCUGCUCACUGAAAGAACAAGGGACAGGGGAAAAAGCCUGUGCGGCUGAGCAUGAGAAAAACAGUGAGGAGGGAGGAACGAAGAUAUAGGGUGAGGGUGAGAGAACGCAAGAGAGAAAAUAUAUGGAGGAGGAGAGCUCAGCCACAGCAGGAGUGUGUUCUGAAAAACCAGGCAGAAUUAAACCGCUGGUGAGCCUGAACACCAAUUCUCUCCAUUCUGCCACAGGCUGGGAGGGAUUGAGCCUGGAUUUCCAUUGGGUUCUUCCAGGGAGUGAUUUAGAGAAAAGUCCAGGGCUGUUGGUUAGGAUUUGUAGCUUUAUUUAGGGAAUAUGCUGGAGAGGAUUUGAACACGCUGUUCGCUGUUAUUGCAAAUUGCACACAGUAGUGUCUGCGACGUGGAGGCUCAGUCUGCUGGUUAGUGUUGGCAGUGCUGCUCCCACCCCUGCUGCUAGGGUUGUUUUGGGGCUAUGUUUCUGACUGAUUAGGGCAGCAUCACCCACAUGCAGGGCAGAGGCUGAAUGGGAGGUAAAGAGUGCAACUAACCAGCAUGGGAGCCAAACAGAUGAAAUGCCUCAGUUCAGCCAGCCCUGCACACUCCCCUAAAGAAGAGUACAUCAUCGCUCAGUCCACAGACACUCCUAAAGAAGCAUUUAUCUCAGCUCAAUCUGAAGACCACGCCGAGCCUGGAGAUGACAAAUCAGAGUUGACGGAAAGGAAAUCUGAUACAGAAGAGGUGUUGUCUCUCUGCGGCCUGUGUCCGACCCCGGGGCAUGGUGGGCCAGAGGAGGAGAGAUCAUGGGAGGAGCAGCUGGAGUGUCACCAGGAGCAGCUGGAAAAGGAGAUGCAGGAGGCCAGGAGGAUGGUGUUCCGCCUGCAGGCUCUACUGCUGCACGGCUCUCUCCCUGAGGACGAGCAGGACGUCUCCAUGGGCUUCGGGGAUAGCAGAGCUAACUCUGAGCAGCAGCUGGUUCUAAUCCGCAGUCGUCUGGACCAAAGCAUGGAGGAGGCUCUUGAUCUGAAGAGGGAGCUUCUGAGGCACAAGCAGGAGGCACGCCACCUUCAGGCCAUUAAGGAUGCUCUUCAGCAGCGUAUGUCUGUACAGGAGGCUGCAGUGCUGCAGCUGAAGCAGGAGCUACUGAGGUGCAGUAUGGGCAAAGAGCAACUGGAGGGGGAGAACGCAGAGCUCAAACGGAAGUUGAGCGAUCGGAACAAACUGCUCAGUGAAUAUGAGCAGCAACUUGGAAAAAAGGAUAGACUACUUCAGCAACAGCAAUUGAAACUGGACGAUGCUCGCCACAACUCUACUGAAGGAAGCCACAGGUCAUUUAGGAGUGAAAAGAGUGGGUACAGUAACUCUGUGGGCCCACCCCCUGGUCCGGCCUUACAACACACAGCGCAGGGGGAGGAACUGCAGCUGGUGAGGGAGGCCCUGCGUAGUCUGAGGGAUGGCUUCUCAGGUCACGACCCUCAGCAUCACACCCUGGACACACUGGAGCAAGGGGUGGCCAGUCUCAUGGACCGCCUACACACACUCGACCCACGCCGCAGGCAGCAGGACAGAGGGGGUCAGUACAAGUCACCAGGACGAAGAGCCAACCCCACAGACAGGGACUCAUGGCCACCCAGCUCAAAAAUAGCUCACUCUCACAGUAGCCCUGGCCUGGACUCCACAGUCUCCACUAAAGUGCUCUACUUCACUGAUCGCUCACUCACUCCUUUCCUGGUCAACAUCUCCAAAAGGCUGGGGGAGGUGACUCUGAGAGACUUCAAGGCAGCGGUGGACCGCCAGGGCAGCUUCAGGUACCACUUCAAAGCCCUCGACCCAGAGUUUGGGACUGUGAAGGAGGAGGUGUUCCAGGAUGGAGCCCUGGUGCCUGGCUGGGAGGGGAAGAUAGUGGCCUGGGUGGAGGAGGACCAUGGAGAGAGACGGUAGAACUGGGAACCAACCAACCAUAGAGGGAACCACCAGCCUCAAACUGUGACCACUGGACUAUGAUGCCAUAACACCCUCUCAGUAUUCUCAGCAGCCCUGCAGAGGUAGUUAUUAUAACAAUUGGGAUCAAUCUAUUUAUUACUGUUUCGAGAUAAAACCAUACUUUCAAAAAUGGCUCUUUCCUAUGGACAUUUUACUUACAGUAACUGUUUGAAGUACAAGUUGUAGUUGCCAAAUAUGAAUGAAGUUGUUCACAAUACAAUUUUAAAGUUUUAAUAAACAUGGAUUACUGCAUGAA